AUGAAUUCCGUGUUCUAGCAAUGCAGCUGAAACACUUGGGUUUCUCUCUCCACAGUGGAAAGCACCCUUGCUCUUAGUGACCUGGUCUUGGUAGCUGAGCAGAUGAAAAACACCAGCAGACCUCCUUGUGAAUUGGGUGAUUCCUAAAUGGCUAUUGUACAUGAUCACAAUGCAUAUUGUAUACCCGGGGAAGCAGCCGCACUGAAGGUCCUUGUGACAGAUUUGAAAGACACGGUGCACCACCAGAGUGAGCUUCUCCAAAAACUACAGGGCGGAGAAGCCAGGCAGAAAGAAUGUCAGGAACUACAGGUGAGGGGUAAACACAUAGUAUGGAGAGGGGCUUGGAAUGGCAAUAUAACCCAAUGCAAAUGUCAAGUUUUCCUUCUCACACAGAAGGCAGAUGAGAACUCGACCCUUCUCUCUGAACUCAGAGAACAUGUCUCACAGCUUGAGGCAGAGAACUGUAGCCUGCGCUUUGAGAGGGACCAGCUGGAGUCCACGAGCCAAUGCUAUCAGAAGGAGCUGGAUGCCCAUGGUGCCACCGUCCUGUUGCUGAGCAAGCAGCUGAGAGGGCAGCGGGAGGCUGAGGCCCACCAUGGUGCCUUCUCUCUCGAAACUGUCAAAAGCAGUGCCAAGUGGCUGAGGUUCUACACAGGUUUCGAUGAGUACCCCCGCCUUAUGGCCUUUAUGGCCUUCCUUCUCGAUAAUGAAAGGGAGCAGGGCAGCCAGGACAGGAGCCUCCACAGUGCCCUCAGCCCUGAGAACCAGCUGUUUUUGGUCCUUGUCCGCUUGCGUCUGGGCCUACUUCUCCAGGAUCUAGCCUUCCGGUUCCACAUCUCAGAAUCCACAGCCUCCCGCUAUUGGCUCAGUUGGAUAGAGAUCAUGGAGAGGAGGAUGAGACAGAUUCCAGUUGCCUACAGCCAGCACUACAUAGACACCUUCAAGCCACAGCGGCUACUCAACCAUCAAGACAUGUCCCUGGUGGUCCUUGAUUGUGCAGAGCUCUUUUUUGAAGCCCAGGGAAGAAAGCAAGGCAAAAGUUAUGGUCCCUGGGUUCCUAGGACUCGCUACUCCGUUUGUGGCUAUGCUCUGGCUGCUCCCAGUGGCUUUCUAACCUUUGGUGCUGGAGCAGGUGAGGGGCUGCCCACUUUGCCUCCAUUCCUGCAGCCAAGACCUGUGGAGCUGACAGCCCAGCAGGAGACAGCCAAGAGACAAGUCCUGAGCUUGCGCAGCCUAACAGACAAGGCAUUCAGCUUCCGCUUUCUACGUGUUACCCAUCCACAGAACAUGGAGGACCAAGUGUGUAGGGCAUGGACCAUUUCCUGCUACCUGGCUUGCCUCCUCCAUGAACCCAUGGGGCUCAGCUAA